AUGAAACGAAAAAGCGGAGACGUAAAAAAAGGCAAAAGUUAUUGGACUCCAGAAGAGGAUGAAGCUCUUUUGAAGGCUGUUCAAGAUGAUCAGAAUCGAAGAGAUGCUGAUGCCGAGGAGGACGAAGAUUGGGACGAAAUUGCAAAGGAGGUGCCAGAAAAGACACCUGUGCAGUGUCUGAAGCGGUACAUGGCCCUCAGUCAAAAAAAGGAGGCCAAGGCAUCAUCGCCAACUCCAAAAGACGAUGGAGAUGAUGACUAUGACGAGGAGGAGGGCGAAGACGAUGGAGAUUCCGAUGGCCAGUCAGCAAAGAAGCAAAAGUCUACCUCCAAAGAUAACGAUGGUUCGGGGAAAUGGACACCUGAUGAAAUUGAGCUUUUGAAAAAGCUCGUAGAGCAUUACAAAGACACUGCACCACGUUGGAAUGAAGUUGCUGCCAACUUUGAGAAUAAAACAGCCAUUGACUGUCUCACCAAUUGGCAGACGAUCACAAAUCCACCUGUGAUCAAGGGGAAAGGUUCAUGGACAGCUGAAGAAGAUGCUAUUCUCCGGGAAAAGCGUCAGCAAUACGGAAGAAAGUGGGCGAAGAUUGCCGCUCACUUGCCUGGGCGACAAGGGAAACAAUGCAGGGAACGCUUUGUGAACCAUUUAGAUCCAGAAUUGAAAAAGGGGGAAUGGACUGACGAUGAAGAAGCAAUCUUGAUAGCUAUGCACGAGCAUCACGGAAAUCGAUGGGCAAACAUUUCCAAGCAGCUUCCAGGCCGAUCCGAUAACGACGUUAAGAACCACUGGUAUUCUACUAUCCAGAGGAAGUUUCAACAGCAUGGAAAAGACAAAUUGAUUCAAGCUGCCCUUCAGCAGGUGCAAAUGAUGCAAUCAAUGGGAACUCUCCCAAGCCAACAGUCGUUACCUGCUUCACAGUGGCCAACCGGUCCUUAUAACCAAGCAACUUCUGGUCAUCCCCCACCUCCUCCAUACGGCCAUCAUCCAUCUAUGCACCAACCAUACCCACCACAUUCUCCGGGCACCGGAGCAUACCCGUACCCACCACCACCACCACAAGUAGCGCAGGGUCAACAUGGGCAACACCACGCACCGCCUGGCGUAGCUCCUGAGGGUGGCCAAUACAUGUACCACCCUCCUCACCCUUCGCAUCCUCACAUGCCCCCUCCACAUCCAUACUAUCAUCCCCACUAUCCUCCUCCAAGACAUGGCGCACCAAUGCACCAAGGUCAAGGGUCCAUUGCAGGAAGGACAGGUGGUAGUUCUGGAGUUGAGGCAUCGCCCGGCGGAGAUGCGAAGGGGUCUGAUCCUUCAGAUUCCACACAGAAAGAAAAUGAAGCCUCCAGCGACUAUCCUGCUGGCGCUCCUGGAUACAUGCCACCAAUGGCAUCGUCUCCACGAGGGGAUGGUAGUAACUCUGCCAAUGCUUCACCACAGAAAACGAAUCCAACCGAAUUGUAA